AUGAGUGACCAUAAAAGAAAAAUAGGAAAUGAUGAUAAUGCAUCAAAAGAUGUUGAUCAAUUUAAAAAACAAAAGGGAGAUAAUAAUAAUACUGCAGUUGGAGGAACUUCACAACUUCAUUUUAAAUAUGGUACAUCUGGUUUCUUGAUCACUUUUGAUAAAGGUAGAGAAAAUCAAGCUUCAAAAGAUAUGUUUACUCUUUUGAAUAAUUAUCUCCAAGAUAAUCAUUAUUCUAAUUUGAUGAGUAGUUUAACAAGAAACAAUGAUAAAGUUGUUGCAACUGACGAAAAAUCAACGACUACUACUACUACUACUACAACAUCGACAACGUCAUCUGAUAAUUUUAUGAAUAGUUUUGAAGCUGAAUUACAACAAUUACAAUCUUCUUCAUCAUCAGCAAAUGGAAAAAAGAAAAAGAAUAAUAAUAACAAGAAACAAAAUCUUUAUGAUGAUCCAUUUGAAAGAUUUAAAUUCCAUGUUGAAGGAUUGUCAUUUAUAUCAAUCAAAGAUAAUCUUUUUACCAAUAUCAAUCAAGAUGAUGAAAACAACAAAGAUAAGUUGAUUAAACUCCGAGAAAUGUUAAAUGUCUAUCAUGUUGCCAAUACUCUGUUUGAGAGCAUGGAAAGAGACAAAUCAACGAAAUCAAAGUUUAUUUCAAGAAUCAUCCCAGUUCAAACUACUUGUUCCUUUACGAAUCUACUAGAUCAUAUUAAACCGCUGGUAGAAGCUAAAUUUAAUUCUUUGGAAAAAUCAGUCAAAUAUAAUAUAGAAUUUAGAUCAAGACAUAAUACAAGUGCAAGCGAAUUGAAAAAAGAUUAUAUCAGUGUCAUUGCAGCAUUGAUCAAACUAAAACAUACUGUAGAUCUUAUCACUCCAGAGAUGACCAUAGUGAUUGAAGUCAUCAAAACUUUUACAACCAUUUCCAUUGUCGAUAAUUUCAUAAAAAGAAAAGAAAGAAGAAAAGAAAGAGGAAAAGAAAGAAGAAAAGAAAGAAGAGCAAGUUGA